AUGAAUAUUGAGUGGAAAUUAUAGAAUAUUGUCAAAGCUGUAGGUACGACUUUCUUAUAAUAUAUGAGGGUUCUUUUGUUUAUUCACUAUGCCUCCAUAUGCUUUCUAUUGGAAAUAUAGUUCAAUGAGUAAUCAUAAUAUUUAUAUGAUAGAAUCAUUUGAAAAAGGAAUCCACAAUGACUUUAAAAGAGUACAUAGUAAAGGAAAAACUUUAGCUGAUAUUCCAAAAAAAGAAAAAAUAUGA